CCGCCUUUCUCCAUCUCCCUCCCUCUCUCCCCGAUCUCUCUCUCGUCCCCUCCCCCUCCCUCGGCUUUCAUUUUAUUUUCAGCCGUUCCGUCGCACCAGGCCACGCGUCCCGGUCGUUGGAGCACCUCAGGCCUCAGUACGCGCCUCCCCGUCGCCACCCAGAGCCCAGCAGAAGCUCGCGAGUCGCCCCGGCAGCCCGCGCAAGUCGCCAGCGCCCCCGCAGGCCCGAUACCCCGCGCGUCCGCGAUCCCCUUGGCCUUUCGAUCCCUCUCUCGUGCGAUUUAUCCCGAGAACGGUACAAGGCUUGUUUGUGGCGAACUCUAGACUUCUGACGUAUUAUUGUUUGUUUUCUGUGCUAACCUUGCUCGACUUAUUCAAAUGUAGAAGUAUGAAUACUCGCCACCGUAACCGUCAGCCAUCCCCAUCUUCUUCUCCCCCUCGUCGUCAGCACCAGGCCCCUCCGGCCAUGGACCUCACUCAGCUGAUUGUUCAGUUUCAGCACAUGAAUGCGCCAACUUUCUCGGGGACAGAGAACCCCACAGCUGUGCUUGAGUGGAUGAAGGAGCUGGACAAAAUCUUUGCUGUGCUUCCCCUUCCCGACCGUCAGCGCGUGUCCCUCGCGGCAUACCAGAUGAAGGAAGAUGCCUCAGACUGGUGGAUUGAGUUUUGGGCCUGGAAGCCCGAGGCGGAGCUUCAUGCUCUCACUUGGGAGCAAAUGAAGACGAUGGUGCGCAACAAGUUCCUCCCUCAGAGCUUUUGGGACAGAAUGGAGCACGAAUUCUACCACUUGCAGCAGGGCAGCUCCUCGGUGGAUGAGUACAUCCGCACUUUCACCCGUAUGUGCCUUUUUGCGGGUGAUGCGGUGAACACCGAUGCUAAGAAGGCCCGGAAAUAUCUCAAGGGUCUCAACCAGAGGAUCCGUGAAUUGGUGGGAAGUCAUGGACCAAUGUCAUAUGCUGAUACCGUGAGUCGAGCCCAGGAGGUGGAGAGCUGUCUCAUUCCGGUUGUUCCCAUUCCAUCCUAUCCUCCCGCCUCUCAGCCUCCUCAGGCUAUCCAGUAUGCUCAGCCCAUCUCGACCGUGCCGCCCGGCUCUAGCUCGGGUAAGAGGAAGUCCGACUUCAAGAACAAGGGCAAGGGAAAGAAA